CGCACCAUGCUGAAGGAGGGAGAGCUGCGGUUGGACUGCACUCCACCCCUGACAGGGUGCACCGGAGAUUCUUUUUUUUAUUUAAGUAAGUUAUUAUGAUACGCAUGAACAACAGGCUGCAAAUAACCAAAGACUCCGAUAAGUGGGAAUCGUUUCAAGCGCGCGCAUCCAUGUAGUCAAAUGUGUCAGUCUGCCGAGGAGCUGCGUGCCUUUGAUGGACUAUUCAGUCUUUAGAAGACUGAACGUGAAUUCAUGCCGACAUUCAGCCGGUCCAGGAUAUAUCUAACGCGCACACAGCCGGGAUGGAUUCGUUUAACGCCAGCGGGAUGGACGCGUUCACGGUGAUCCAUCUGAAUUCCUCCUGGAGCCUGGACAGUGGAUAUUCUUUAGCAGCGAUAGCCGGCAUCGCUGCUCUCGUAAGCUUUCUCAUUCUCUUUACAGUUGUUGGGAAUAUUCUGGUGGUUAUUGCGGUGUUGACGAGCAGGGCGCUGAAAGCCCCCCAGAACCUUUUUCUGGUGUCUCUGGCCACCGCGGACAUCCUUGUCGCCACUUUGGUGAUGCCGUUUUCUCUGGCGAAUGAACUUAUGGGCUACUGGUAUUUUGGAAAAGUUUGGUGCGGUAUUUAUCUGGCUUUGGAUGUUUUGUUCUGCACUUCAUCUAUUGUUCACCUGUGCGCAAUAAGCCUGGACCGGUACUGGUCUGUUACGCAGGCUGUAGAGUACAAUCUGAAGCGGACUCCCAAACGCAUCAAGUGCAUCAUCUUAAUUGUGUGGCUUAUAUCUGCCUUCAUCUCAUCUCCACCUCUCAUAUCUAUAGACAGCAACAACGAUAUCAGCUCUCAGCCUCAGUGCGAGCUGAAUGAUGACACUUGGUACAUCCUCUCCUCCAGCACCGCGUCCUUCUUCGCUCCGUGCUUAAUCAUGAUCCUGGUGUAUAUCCGAAUAUACCAGGUGGCCAAAACCAGAACCAGAACCAUGUCGGGGAAAACCCCCAGGCCAGAUGGUGUUACACAAACUGAGAAUGGACUGAGCAAAGCCACCUCCCAUUUCCAUGGCGAGAGAGAGAACGGCCACUGUCAGUGUCCGCCUACGCCCAGCCAACGCACCGUCACCAUCGGGCCACAGACUGAGGAUGCUGACAUGGAGGAGAGCUCCUCCUCAGAGGGCAAAGGGCACAAAGCUCAGGGCCAGGACUCCCCGAGAGUGAAGAGGGCCAGCCAAAAGAAAAGAUCCCCUUCCAAACAAUCCACUCGAAUCUCCAGAGUCAGUAACAAGUCAAUGGACCUCUUUGCCUCCAGGAGGAAACGUCGCAGAGGCUCCUUUGCCAGGAAAAAAGUCUCUCAAGCUAGAGAAAAGAGGUUUACAUUUGUCCUGGCUGUGGUUAUGGGGGUGUUUGUUGUGUGCUGGUUCCCCUUUUUCUUUAGCUACAGCCUGUACGGCGUGUGCAGGGACUCCUGUAGGAUCCCUGACCCGCUCUUUAAAUUCUUCUUCUGGAUUGGCUACUGCAACAGCUCCCUCAACCCUGCCAUCUACACCAUCUUCAACCGGGACUUCCGGCGCGCCUUCCAGAAGAUCCUCUGCAAGUCAUGGAAAAAGUCUUUUUAGAUCUGAGGCAGAACUGCUGCACCACCAUGACAAUCUGAAAAGGAAAUAUCAAAUUUGGAAUUGAGGAAGCCUGUUUUGUCUAUUACUGCCACUCUUUAUUCACUGUUACGUCUCAUUGUCCUGUUGUAAGUCAGUCAUGGCAGUUGACACCAUUCACACCAUUCACAGGCUUCUUACAGGCUGUACUAAUCUGAUUAGUGAGUGCCACCGUUCUUUGAUUCUUACUGAAGUGUGCUGUAAUGCUUAUUAGUGUAUCAUCAUUGAUCAAGCUCUUUAUACAUCCACAAAAGACACAUGGCAGGAUUUAUCUGCUACCUACUUCUGUUCCUCCCACUCUCUGUGCAAUGUGUCUAUGCUUUUUGUGCUAUAAUUCUACUGGGCCACAGGUUUGCUGUGUGGUGAUUUAACAUAUUCAUUUGGAAAUAUGCAACAUACAUAAGCACAAAACUGACAUUAUGACGAUUUUAAAACUUGAUUUCUUUUUUUAACGUUAUUAUUACAGUAGAAAUUCACAAUAAAGUAUAAAGGCCCUUUCUAUCUUAUAAACAAGCCUUAAACAGUUCAACCCCAUUGUCCCCCCACCCCCAUCCCUCCAUACUAGUAUUAAGUAAAAUGGAAAA